AUGCGUCUUUUGCAAGCACUGCCAAAUGGAUGCUUUCGUCUCACCGAAGACUUCCCCGACCAUGCGGUCCCUCCCUAUGCCAUCCUCUCACACCGAUGGGAAAAUGAUGAUCAGGAAGUCACUUAUGAAGACAUGGAAAAAGGGUUGGGUCGAGACAAGGCUGGAUAUGAUAAGAUCCAGUUCUGUGGGGAACAGGCGACCAGAGACGGCUUACAAUACUUCUGGGUGGACAGUUGUUGCAUCAAUAAAUCAAACGAGGGUGAACAUCAGAGAGCUAUCCAAUCCAUGUUCCGCUGGUACCGCAGAGCGAGUCGAUGCUAUGUCUACUUGUCGGAUGUUUCUGUAUCUCCCGGUGACAACAAUGAUAUGCAGCAAUGGGGACUAGAUUUCCAAAACAGCAAAUGGUUCACUCGGGGCUGGACACUCCAAGAGCUCCUAGCUCCAGCUUCGGUCGAAUUUUUCUCUUGCAACCGCGCACGACUCGGCGAUAAAGUUUCGCUACAGCAACCGAUUCAGCAGAAAACGGGAAUUGAUAUUCGAGCACUUCAAGGAGAACGCUUAACUCAGUUCAGCGACAAGGAACGAUUCGCAUGGAUAGAAUGCCGCCAGACCACACUGGAAGAAGAUAAAGCGUACUCACUCCUAGGCAUUUUCGACGUCUCCAUCCCUAUUCGUUAUCGUGAAGGCAUAGCGAAUGCGUUUAAGAGGCUCGAAGACGAGAUCAAUGCGCAGUCGAAGUGUAUCCGAGACCUACGCGUCACCGAUCCCCGCGAUGACAAGAAACGGAUUGUGGACACUAAAGGCUGCUUGCUGGCGGACUUAUACCACUGGAUCCUGGAACAUAGUGACUUUCAACAAUGGCGUGGUGGCCAGCAGAGUCAGAUGCUGUGGAUUAAAGGCGACCCAGGCAAGGGCAAGACGAUGCUUCUCUGCGGAAUUAUUGACGAAUUGGAGAGGAGCAUGCCCAAAUCCCAUCUCCUGUCCUACUUCUUCUGUCAGGCAACGGAUUCGAGAAUCAACAACGCCGUGGCGGUUUUGCGGGGCCUCUUAUUCUUGCUCAUCGAGCAACAGCCUUCGCUCGUCUCGCACAUUCGAAAGCAGCACGACCAUGCCGGCGAAGAUCUCUUCAAAGAUGCCAAUGCUUGGGUUGCUCUGUCGGAGAUCUUUACUAACGUUUUGCGGGACCCGAACCUAGAAAAUACUUUUUUGAUCAUCGAUGCGCUCGACGAAUGUACGCUAGGCUGGGACAAGCUACUGCACUUUAUUGCGCGUUGCUCGUCGCUGUCGCCGCGAGUCAAAUGGCUUGUCUCAAGCCGUAACUGGCCUCCCGUCGAGGAGCGGCUAGAUAAGGCCGAAAGUAAGGUGAGGCUAUGCCUCGAGCUGAAUGCCGACUCUAUUUCUGCGGCUGUCCACAUCUACAUCAAGCAUAAGGUACGCCAGCUGACGCAGAGGAAGAAGUAUGACGACAAGACGCGAGAUGCGGUGGUUGAACAUUUGUCCUCGAACGCAAAUGACACAUUCCUCUGGGUUGCUUUGGCCUGCCAAAGCCUCGAAUCGGUUUCCCGAUGGAAUGUUCGUGCAAAGCUGAAGACUCUUCCACUCGGCCUUAACUCUCUUUACCGGCGAAUGAUGCAACAGAUUAGAGAUUCGGAGAGUUCAACACUCUGCAAGCGGAUUCUUGCCUCGAUCGCAAGCGUAUACGAACCCAUCACUAUAUUCGAAUUGACGUCACUUAUCGACACUCUUAAGGAUAUGUCCGAGGAUCCAGAGUCAUUACGGGAGAUUAUUGGUUUAUGUGGUUCGUUCCUGACCAUUCGAAAAGACACUAUCUACUUCGUGCAUCAGUCAGCAAAGGACUAUCUACUCUCAGAGGCGUCUGUUGAGAUCUUUCCAUCUGGGAGCAAAGAGAUCCACUAUGGGUUCUUCUCGAGAUCCCUCGAAGUCAUGUCUAGGACGCUACACCGGGACAUGUAUGGCUUAGGUGCUCCAGGAUAUACGAUUGAGCGGGUCAAACAGCCAGACCCCGACCCAUUGUCGGUGCUACGGUAUUCCUGCAUGUAUUGGGUUGAUCACCUCUGCGAGUGUGAAGCUCACAGACUAGUAAAUCACCAAAUCGACCUGCAGAUGUUCGUGAGAGAGAAAUUCUUGUAUUGGCUCGAGGCUCUUAGCUUAUCGAAAGCCAUGUCGAAAGGAGUGCUUGCAAUGACGACACUCGAGAAGCUCAUCCAGGGGAGAGCAGAUGCAUCCGCACUGCUCGAGCUGAUUCACGAUGCUCGUCGAUUCGUUAUGUACCAUAAGCAGGGAAUCGAGAUCAGCCCUCUUCAGGCGUAUAUUUCUGCACUCAUCUUCAGUCCAAGUAACAGCUUAACAAGGCGUCAUUUUAAAGAGGAAGAGCCAAAAUGGAUCGCGAUAAAGCCAGGUACGGGAGAAAAUUGGAGUGCCUGUCUGCAGACGCUCGAGGGCCACAGCGACUGGGUCAACUCGGUAGCGUUCUCGCCCGACUCGACCCGACUCGCGUCGGCGUCGGUCGACGGUACAGUGAAGAUCUGGAACGUUAGCAGCGGCGCCUCCCUUCAGACGCUCGAGGGCCAUAGCGCCGGGGUCAACUCGGUAGCGUUCUCGCCCGACUCGACCCGGCUCGCGUCGGCGUCGGACGACCGCACAGUGAAGAUCUGGGACGCUAGUAGCGGCGCCUAUCUACAGACGCUCGAGGGCCACAGCAGCUGGGUCAGCUCGGUAACGUUCUCGCCCGACUCGACCCGGCUCGCGUCGGCGUCGAACGACUGCACAGUGAAGAUCUGGGACGCUAGCAGCGGCGCCUCCCUUCAGACGCUCGAGGGCCACAGCGCCUGGGUCAACUCGAUAGCGUUCUCGCCCGACUCGACCCGGCUCGCGUCGGCGUCUGACGACUGCACAGUGAAGAUCUGGGACGUUAACAGCGGCGCCUCCCUUCAGACGCUCGAGGGCCACAGCGCCGGGGUCAACUCGGUAGCGUUCUCGCCCGACUCGACCCGGCUCGCGUCGGCGUCGGUCGACGGUACAGUGAAGAUCUGGAACGUUAGUAGCGGCGUCUAUCUACAGACGCUCGAGGGCCACAGCGCCAGAGUCAACUCGGUAGUAUUCUCGCCCGACUCGACCCGGCUCGUGUCGACGUCGGACGACGGUACAGUGAAGAUCUGGGACGCCAGUAGCGGCGCCUAUCUACAGACGCUCGAGGGCCACAGUAGCUGGGUCAGCUCGGUAACGUUCUCGCCCGACUCGACCCGGCUCGCGUCGGCGUCGGACGACUGCACAGUGAAGAUCUGGGACGCCAGUAGCGGCGCCUAUCUACAGACGCUCGAGGGCCACAGCAGCUGGGUCAGCUCGGUAACGUUCUCGCCUGACUCGACCCGGCUCGCGUCGGCGUCGGACGACUGCACAGUGAAGAUCUGGGACGUUAGCAGCGGCGCCUCCCUUCAGACGCUCGAGGGCCACAGCGCCAGAGUCAACUCGGUAGUAUUCUCGCCCGACUCGACCCGGCUCGCGUCGGCGUCGGACGACGGUACAGUGAAGAUCUGGGACGUUAGUAGCGGCGUCUGUCUACUAACGCUCGAGGGCCACAGCGUCGCGGUUAACCCGAUAGCGUUCUCGCCCGACUCGACCCGGCUCGUGUCGGCGUCGGACGACGGUACAGUGAAGAUCUGGGACGUUAGCAGCGGCGUCUAUCUACUAACGCUCGAGGGCCACAGCAGCUGGGUCAGGUCGGUAACGUUCUCGCCCGACUCGACCCGGCUCGCGUCGGCGUCGAACGACUGCACAGUGAAGAUCUGGGACGUUAGCAGCGGCGCCUCCCUUCAGACGCUUAGUAUUGGCAAGCGGCUUAGGACUAUAUCAUUCGACAUCACAGGCUCGUAUCUUCAUACUAAUAUCGGGAUCGUCACUAUUGAUGUAUCUUCAGCUACAGGCAUGACGCCGGAUAAAAUGGAACAUCAGAACCCGCAAUAUGAAGGUGUGGGCUUGGGUCUAAACGGAGAUUGGAUUACAUGCAAUUCACAGAACAUCAUAUGGCUACCUUCCGAGUAUCGGCCACAGUCUUCAGCCGUGUCGGGGAGGACGAUGGCGAUCGGCGCAGGAUCUGGAAAGGUGUGGAUGUGCGAACUUCAGCGUACCGGCUUCGAACAUUGUUAG